AUGGAUUACGAAGAUAUCUUAUUUGGACUUCAACCAAUUAUAAAUGCCUCCAAUGUUGAGGACAUCCCAUUACAAGAUGUAUAUUUGGAGGGAUAUCUUACUGUAUUGGAUCAGUUGGCUGUCUCCUUAAGAGCACCUGAUAAUAGAAACGUAAUAGGUCAAUCAGGAUUGUUUUCUCAAUUAUUGAGAGUGUUACAAUCAUUCUUGGAUAUUUGUUUCCAUUCGCAAGACACCACUGGAGAUCAAUUAACCCUUUUCAAGUUAGUCUCCGAACUUAUUAGAUGUAUAGCUAAUGGUCUUGUGGAUAAUGAUGAUAAUAGAAAGAUUCUAAUUGAUGGUGAUAUAACUUCAGAAAUAAAGCUUGAGAAGAAAAUUCGAUUAAUUGAUUAUUAUAUACCAAGAAUAUUUAAUUUAGAUUCUAUUACAAAUUCUGAUGAUACUGAUAAAUUAUUGUCCACUUUACAAAUGAGAUCAAUUGUUCUUGUGAAAAAUUUAAUUCUCGAAAACGACAAUUUGAUUAAAAGAUUCUCCACCUAUUUAAGAGGUCCCCUAUUUAAAUUACUAUUGAAAUAUCAACCUUUAAUAAAUGAUGAAUAUGAAAUACUUUUAUUAGCUUCAGAGAUUUUGGUUGAUAUCUUAGACAUUCAUUCCGAAGAUACUACUGUUUCUAAUAUAUCAAUUUUAACAGAGUUCAUUGUAAAAGUGGCUCCUUUGAUAUCUAGUAUAGAUAUAGGAGAUGCUAGUGAAGAAAAUGAAUCUCAUGAUGCUAGUGAAAUGAUGGAGGAAAUUGAUGACCCAUUUACUGAUUUGAUAUUAAAUUUUACUAAAUGUUUGGAAAUCAUAUUGGAGAAAAAUUUAAAGAUUAAUUUUCAAAAUUUAGAUGAUCAAGUCUUAAAAAUUCAAACAAAUUUAUUUGAAUCUUUGAAUAUAUUAUUUCCCAAAGAAUUUUAUAAUAAAUUAAUUGUAAUGAGAAGAUUAUCAUCAUCUGUUGGUUAUGUAUCAUCCAAUUUAACUAUUUCAAAUGUUAAUGAAAGACAUUUAUGUUACAAUAUCAUUAAAAGUUCUCAGAAUGGUUAUCAAUUAGCAGCAGCAUUUAUUUUAUUAUCAAAUUCAAUUAAUAGUAAACAAGACGCAGAUCUUAUCCUCAACGAUAUCCCAAUCUCUCUAUUAAUUGAAAAGACUAGUUUUAUCAAAGAUCCAAUGCAGUUCCAAGGAUUCUUGGAUCUGUUAAGAAAAUUGUUAUCAAUAACUAUAGCAAUGACUUUAACUCAAGAUGAAUUAUACAAAUUAGCCAUUGUAUUGAAAGUGAUUCAAGAUCAAACAAAAUAUUUCACAAAUUUAUUACCUUUAUUAUCUUCCCUAUUGAAAAAAUUAAUUACUGUUUUACCAAGUUCUAUGAUCCAAAAACUAAUCUCAUCGAACGAUACUUGUCCUAUUUUAGAUAUAAUAUUAGAAAAUGAAAGUUUAACCUCAGCACUAUCAUUAGAUAAGUUGUUAGUAGCUAGAACAGAUACUAAAGAUGAAAUAUUAAUGAAAUUAUGGGAUAAAGUCUUUAAAUUUGAUGAAAAUUCUUCAAAUGGAAAUAAUAUUUCGAUAUCAUACCUUUUCCAAAUAAGUAAGACAUUGGGGAUAUAUUUUAAAAACAUUGAAUCAAAAUGUUCAAAAGAAAGUGACAAACUUAUAGUUUCACAUUUUAAAGACAUUCUUUUGGUUUUAGAAACAUUAUUACCAUUAAAAAAUAAUGAAGAUAAUGCAUCGAAAAGUGGCUUUAAUAAUGGUAAAUUCGUAGCUGGGAUGAUCCUGAAAGUUAUAUCCAAUUAUGAUAUCUUGACAUCAGAAGAAACUCAAUUAAAAGACAUUUGUAGUAGCUUUUUUUAA